CUGCCGCAGCUCGGCGCCGAGCUGCUGGGCCUGCGGGCCCGCGAGCGCCAGCAGCUGGCCGAGCUCAACGACCGCUUCGCCGGCUACAUCGAGCGCGUGCGCCGGCUCGAGCAGCAGAACCGCGCGCUGGCGCUCGAGCUGCAGGCGCUGCGCGAGCGGCACCGCGAGCCGCCCCGCCUGCACGCGCUCUACGAGCACGAGAUCCGCGGGCUGCGCGCGCUGCUGGAGGCCGAGGGCGCCGACAAGGCCCGGAUGGAGGCCGAGCUGGGGCGCAUGCGCGCCGCCUACGCCCGCGCCAAGGAGCGGUACCAGGAGGAGCUGAGGCUGCGGCUGGACGCCGAGGAGCGGCUGCAGGCGGCCCGCGGCGGGGCCGACCGGGCGGCGCUGGCCAACAGCGGCCUGGAGGCCGGCGUCGCCUCGCUGCUGGAGGAGAUGGCCUUCCUGAAGAAGCUGCACGGCGAGGAGAGCGCCGAGCUGGAGGGCCGCCUGCAGGCCGCCGCCCUGGGGGAGGGCGGGGAGGCCGAGCCGCCCGGGCCCGGGCCUGGGGCAGGGGCAGGGGCCGGGGCCGAGCUGUCCCAGGCCCUGCGCGACAUCCGCCGCCAGUACGAGCGGCUCGCCCACAAGAACAUGCAGGCGGCCGAGGACUGGUACCGCGCCAAGUUCGCCGCCGUCUCCGAGGCGGCCAGCCGCCACAGCCAGGCCGCCCGCUCCAUCCGACAGGAGACCGCCGGAUACCACCGGCUGCUGCAGGCCCGCGCCGCCGAGACCGAGCGCCUCAAGGAGGCCAUCCAGGGUCUGCACCGCCAACUCGAGGGGCUGGAGGAGCGGCAGGGCCAGGAGGUGCACAACCACCAGGAGAGGAUCAGUGAGUUGGAGAAAGAUAUCAAUGAUGCCAAACAAGAGAUGGCUCGUUACCUGAGAGAAUACCAAGACCUCCUCAAUGUCAAGAUGGCUCUAGAUAUUGAGAUUGCAGCUUACAGGAAACUGCUGGAGGGUGAGGAAUUCCGGUUCAGCUUGUCCUCAGUGCAUCCCUACAGUUAGUCAUCCAUCUGCAGAAUGUUGACCAUGUGGUCCCAUAGCUGACAACACAGAGCACUCAUUAGCCAUCGCUCCUUACCCUCUGGUUGUCUUAAAUUCCCUGCUCCCCUUCCAUUUCCAUAGAGACCACUCACAGCUCCAGUUACUGAGACCUGCUGACCCUGACCAAAAACCAAAUUCCAAGUUUACACACAGGACCGGAAGUGUUAGUGUGCCCGUGCACUUAAAUACUAUUCAGUUGAAUGUUGCAGUUUGCAAUGGAAUAAGAUGCUAAUAUUGGCUAUGUUCCAGUCUCUCCCCUCCCCAGUCUUUCUGCGUGACCCACUGGUCUCCACCUGGGAAGGAAAUCUUCUGUCCUAUUCACGCCAUGAUCCUGUACCCUCUCACUCCCUGACCCUGUGGCUUCUGGUCUCUGUGCCCCUGACCCUGUGCCCUCUUGCCCCUCACCCUCUGGUUCCCUGAUCCUGUGACCUCUGGGUUCCUGACUGCCAACUUGCCCCUUGACCCUGUGCCCUCUGCCCCCAGUCCCCUCCCAUUCCCUGGGGGGGAAACUGGGUUUCUGUCAAUCUGAGACAGUCACCAUGCUCAAGCCGGUGAGUCCAAUCUGUGCUGGAGCCUCUUGGUGGAACUGAAGAGAGAACGUAACAUGCCCUCUGAGUCAGAGCGUGAUCCCACUGAGGGGUAAAACUCCUGGUAAAAAGGAGCGAUCACACAAUCGGGCUGAGCCGAGGAGUCAGAAAAUAAUAGGAGAGUGACACCUUAGAGACAGGAGGAGUGUGUAACAGAGGGACAUGGGGAGUGACUGAGGAAAAGUGUCAGAGACCACACACCCAAUAAUGCAGUGACAGACAGAGACACAGAUGACAAGAGCAAGAAUAACAAAGGGAGAGAGGGGCAUGGGGAAAGACUGAAAGUGACAGAGAAAGACAAGGUAACAGUGAUGGGGACAGUGAAAGAAAAGAGAAUGACAGGCAGAGAGUAACAGACCAAGAUUGAGGUAGAGUGAGACACAGAAACAAAGAUGCAUAGAGAGAGACACACACAGAAGGUAACAGCUUUAGAAAAGCAGAAAUUAAUGGAGAUGGAGAGGAAUACAUAGUGCUGGAGACUGACAGAAAAAAUAACAGAUGAGUGUGAAAGAGAUGAAGACCAAUUUGGUUUUUUUGUAGAACCAUGGACCUAAUUACAGUGAAAAGCUUUGUUUUGUGAGCAGUACAGAGCAAGGCACAGGCUACACUGCACAGGAAGUGCACAAAGCAAGUUUGAAGUUAGAGAAAGUUAAUAACAGCAGGGAAGAAACUGUUCCUGAAUCUGUUGGUGUAUGUGUUCAGGCUUGUGUAUCUUUUGCCUGACAGAGCUUGUAGGAGAGCAUUACUGGGGUGGGAGGGGGAGGGGGCUUUGAUAGAGGUAAAGAAUAUCAGCGAGAGAGAGAUUAACAGAAAAUAUGAGGGGCACAGAAAUUGAUAAAGAUACAGAAGUAAUUGAGGCAGAGGAAUGGGCAACAAAUUCUGGCCUAACCAGAAUUAAUGAAUGAAAAAGAGAGCAAUUGUGAUAAAGAGAGACAGUAACCAAGUCUCAGAUAGCUGAUAGUGGAAAAAGUCACAAAAAUAAAAAGACAGGAUGCUGAGGAUCUGAAAUAAAAACAGAAAUUGCUGGAGUAACUCAGCAUCUCUGGCAGGAUCUGUCAAGAGAAAGCAGAGUUAAUGUUUUGAGUCCUGUGUGACCUUUAAGGGUCACUAGAUCUUUGUUAACUCUGUUUCUCUGUGCUGAGUUUCUCCAGCAAUUUCUGUUUUGUUUAGGAAAGUAAUAAGAGAAAGUGAGUAUAACAAUGACAGGGUCAGAGUAACACAGAAACACAGGGACCGAGAUAAUCAGACAUGAAGAGCAGAGAGAUGGACAGACGG